CCUCUUUUGCACAUUUACAACUGUUUAGGUACUUAAAUUUGUUCUCACGUGACUGUACAAAAUGGCGUCCGUCAAACACGUUGUUUUGGAUUCUGGAGCUUUUUUACGAAAUGCUAAAAUUGAGAAUAUAUCUAACAAUGUUUACACAAUAUCUGAAGUGGUGUCAGAGAUUAAAGAUAAGGCCACUAAGCAGCGACUUCAGGUCCUUCCAUAUGAGUUGAUUUUCAAAGAGCCUUCAUCUGAUGCCAUCAGAAUUGUGACUGAGUUUUCGAAGAAAACUGGAGACUACAGGAGUUUAUCUGCUGUUGAUAUUAAAGUUAUGGCCCUUGCUUAUCAGCUAGAAAAACAAUUUGUUGGAACACAACAUAUAAAAACUGAGCCAGAUAAAAAGAUUGAAUGGAAUGCUUCAACCCGACCACUUGAAAAGGCAACUGAUAUUGCUGGUUUCUAUGUUAAACCUAAAAAACCAGCAAGUUCAAGGACAGUGUCAGAAUGUUCUUCCAUCAACCCUGAUGUUACAGAUCUGAGACCAGAUGAUGUUCCUGACAUUGCUGUCGCAAAUCAUCAAGAAUCUAAAGACAAUGAAACAGAUACACUUACUAAGAAUACAGCUGAAAGUACAAAUAAUGUAGAGGAAACAACCAACAUUUCACAAAACUGUGUAAAUGGUUCAACUGAAAAUGAUAGAACUGAAGUAGAUUCGAAAGAGGACAAUUCUGAACCGUGUAAAACAGUUGAAGAAUUAGGAGAAGGGGAUGUAGUUCCUGAUGAUAUGAUAGGGGAGGAGUCCGACAGUGGCGAGGAUGAGAAGGAGGAUGAAAAUGAUGAUACUGAUGAUGAUGACGAUGAUGAUGGUUGGAUAACUCCUAGCAAUAUAAAAUCUGUGAAAGAGAAAAUGGGUGGCACUGAUGUAGAAAAAACUGAAGUUUCUGUUGGUUGUUUGACUACUGACUUUGCUAUGCAGAAUGUAUUGAUACAGAUGGGCCUAAACGUAAUCUCUGUAGAUGGUAUGCUGAUCAAGAGAGCUAAGAGUUUUGUCCUCAGAUGUUUUGCUUGCUUUAAAAUAACCACACAUGUAGAAAAGACAUUUUGUCCACAUUGUGGUAAUAAAACACUUACCAAGGUCUCCAUGACAGUCAAUGAUGAUGGUUCCAUCAAGUACUUCCUGUCCAGAAGAAGACCCAUGAAUACGAGGGGAACCAAGUUUAAGCUACCAAUGCCCAAGGGAGGUAAACAUGCAGCCAAUCCAAAACUUGUGGAGGACAUGCCAUCGGCACAAAACAGAAUAUCAAAUAAAGCUCGUGCAAAAAUGAGCGUGUUUGACCCAGAUUAUGUGGCUAACAGCUCACCAUUUUCACUAAAUGAUGUCACAAGUAGAGCUGCACAGCUUGGAAUAAGGUCACAUAAAGGAGAAACUCAUUACUGGGAACGGAGAAACCCAAAUGCUGUAAAAAAGAACAGAAGAAAAUGAUUUUUUGUUUUUGAUAACGUUAAGAGUCUCUUAAAUUGAAAAUAAAUCAAUGAAAUAAAUGUAAUAUACA